AUGUAUUUUCAACAAAAAUGGGAAACAGAAUAUGGUGCUUCUUCUAAUCAAUGGUUUAUUUCAUUUAUUAAAAAAUAUCAAAAUGGAGAAAAUCAUAAUAUAUAUGAACGUAUUUUAACUUGUACAGCUGAGUAUGGAAACACUUAUAUGAAAAAUUGUCCAAUAUUAUCAAUUAUUUUACAACUUCUGUUCGAAUUUAUUGAUGAUAAGUAUUUGAAAGAAACAAAUAUUUUCGAUGAUCUAUGGUUCACAAUAACUAUUAAUGGUUUAAAAUCAAUAACAAAAUAUUCUGACUAUAUUAUUGAAGACGUAAUGAAUGAACAAUUAAAUAAAAGUCAGUCAACAUUAUUUCAAGCAUUACGUGAAUAUUAUCGUCAAGCAGUAUUUUUAAAACUUCAACAAAGUUAUAUUUUAGAUGAGCAAAAUUUGUAUGAUUUAGUAUUAGAUAAUGUUACUGAACAUGGUUGGUUAGUAGGUUUACAAGAAAUUCGAAACAAGAUCCCAUGGAAAUCUUAUAAUAGAUUAUUAGAAAACGUUUCAUGUUUUCUAAAAUAA